AUGCCUAAACGUAUUCCAUUUCACGUCGUCUAUGCUACAAGCGAAGACAGCUCGUAUCCAGCAUGCGAGUUGAACGCGCAAGGUCCGGCAGCGCGCGGCUGGAGAAGCGUAGGACCACCUCCACACGAACUGCUGCUCCGCCUGCAGUCAGUCACCAGCAUACACAAGCUCCAGCUACUUGCUCACCAUCAGAUCAUACCGGCGUGCGUAGAGGUAUUAGUCUCAGGGGGUUUAGUAUCGGAAGGAGCAGCUACACCAUGCGGGGCUACAUACACAAGUGUCGGACGCGUUGCUCUUGCCAAACCAGCACCGCAAGCUCGAACUAGAGAACUUAGAUCAGCAGCGCUAUCAGAACCCACCAUUGCCAGAUUUGUAAAGCUUCGUUUGUCUGGUCCACAUCCACCAUCGAAAGAAGAUGAUCAGGUAGCAUUAAUGGCUGUUAAUGUUCUUGGCGAUGAAAUAGAAGAUGUUACAAAGUCUCCUCCUGUAAAGAAAGCUGAAGUCUGCUUUUCACCCUACGAUGAUCUGGCAUUUGUGAUGUAUGUAGACAAUGAGAUAGCUGAUCUGGUGCGCAUGCUAGAUAGAAAGAAGAAAACUGCUGUUGCUGAGGAACGCUUCGAGUAUGCACGACGACUUAAAUCAGCUGGGUCAGCUUUAGCAGCGGCUGGAAUAAGGAUCGGAAGGUGGAGGCUACGUAAGAGAACAGCUGCAGCUCGAGAUGACUUCGAAUUGGCCAGACGAAUGAGAGAUAGAAUAGCAGAUGCACUAAUGGGAGUGAAAGAAGAUCCCGAGUUAAAAAGACUUUUUGAAGAUGAAGGCCCGGACACACGUAACGACUCAUCUAUGCCUCAAGCGUAUGACUUCUCUCACCAUCUCUCGCCGUCCGUCGCCGCCGGAGUGCAAAGCAUCGAUAUUCCCUCACCUGUCCCGCCGAUAGAACAUCUCCCGGAACCGGAAGAUGAAUUUAAUAGUGUUGAUGAAAUGGAUACUCAUCAAAUUUCUGCUUCACCCGUCCAAACUUUAGAAGAUGAUACAGAAGUACAACUUGAACCUAUCCAACCAAUCGCACCGGCCCUAGAAGAAAAACAAGAAGUACAAAAGAAAGAACAAGAAGAAGAGUUGAGGAGAGAAACAGAUAGUCCACGUAGAAGUAUAACACCUAACGCUGCCAAUGGUACUCUUGUAAGACGUAGAAACAAAAGUGCAGGACCAAGAUCUACGUUUGAAGCUUAUGAAGAACGAUUAUUACCAGCUCUGAGACAUUCCCACACCAAUGAGUACCUGCGCGAGGCGCGCGAGGCUCGUGAGGAAGAGUGCAGUGCUGGCAGCGCAUCGUCUCACGUUCGUGCUCCACAUCGCCUUACUGAACGAGAGCGAAAACAGGCUGCACUACCCAUACUUAUAUUUGGAUACCCCUUGGUCGAAAAAUUCUUCUCAAAAAACUAUCUGGAUAAGGAAGAGGGCCUUGCUCGUCUCAGAGCUGAACUGACGUCUCCAACAAACGGCAGUACGAAGACUUCGCCGAACAAAACAGCAAGGGCGGCUGCAACGUUGCUUCAAAGAGCGCUAAGGGAUAAAGUGUUCUCCGUGUACAGUCAAGCUAAUGAAGUCGUUAGAGUUCUGUUCAAGGAAUUUGUACCAGAUCGAGUUUGUGCUGCAGAAGUAGGACGUUGUCUGGAGAAGCUUCUCCCUGAACUACUGCGCGCAUGCGGAGACCCUGCGCCACGAGUACACUCCACCGCACAACACACCGUUCUCACUGUUGCUGAUUGUCCACUUGUUAGGAGUUUACACAUAAUACCGCAGCAACUGGUCCGUCCCGUGGCUGCGUCUAUGCAUCCUCGUCUCGCUCUCUCCCGUCUCCAGAUGUUAGAACAGUUAAUUCUAAGUCAUGGUAUUUCUACUGAUAAAAAUAGUGGUCUAACGGUCCGUCGCCUGGCCGAAUGUGGUGCUGCAGGAGCCCAGCACGCUGCGGGUUCGGUGCGGGCUGCGGCAGAGCGGAUACUCCUAGCUGCCUACGCCAGGUCUCCAAGAGUUGUGAGGGCUCAACUACCCCCAGACGAUGCUGUUACACGAAGAAAUCUCAUAUACCGACAUCUCUUCCAACAGUUUGAUAGGAUAGAUAUGCAGAAAAUGCUAAAUCAAGCACCAAGUGAUGAACAAAUUCUUAACGGCGGAGAUCAAUCAACAGCGGAUUCUAAUCUCGAAGCAAGUGUUAGUCACUCGACUCGAAGUGGAACAACUGUAAGCGGUUUGACCACAUCGUUUGGCAUGACAUCAUCAUUAGAUGCUACGUCAUCGUAUAGUUUAAAAUCUAGUGCAAGUGGGUCUACGUUAGCACCUUCAAGCUUAAGUGGUAGCUUUACAACAUCAAGAACUAAAAGCAGUUUAAAAAAAUCACCAACUAAAAGGUAUACACCUACUGUGAAACCAAAAGAUGGCUCAAGGUUUCCAGGCUAUAAUAAAUUAAGAUUAGAUAGCGCAGUUAGCCCAAAACAUUCUCCAAGACAGUCGGAAGCUGGUAAUGAAAAGGUGCAUUUUGAAGAAAAUGAAAAAGAUGAAGUAAUAUAUCGUAGAACGAAUCGAAAUGUAGAAAAUCGUCAUUCCAUGAUUCAUUACGACCAUGAUCCCGCUAAGCCUCAAUUAAAAGAAAGACCUGCUACCGUUUAUGAACCUUUACAUUUAGAAUACAGAGAUUCUCCAACAAUUGGUUCACCAAAAACUUCAAAAAAUGAUCUGCCAAGUAUGGAUUCGUUGCCUAUGGACUCUCCGCAGAUGUCUAGGAAUGAUCUAAGAUGCGAUUCGGACAGUAGAAGUCUAGAUUCUCCUAAACUUAAGGCUGACUAUUUUAGGGAUGUAGGUUUGGAGUCACCAAAGCUGGUGGCGGGAGUUAGGAAUUUAUAUUUAGACGAACAUAGUCAAAUGGAUGAAAGUGGAUAUUACAGCCCUGAACGUGUUGCAGGAAGGAGACAGCAAAUGUCUAAUAAUGAACAGCAGUUUGAAAGUUACGAAGCGGUUGGUGUUGAUGCCAGCAGUGAAACCACACCAGAACCAGCUUGCAAUACGUCUUGCUCGUGGUGCGGUCGACGAGUGCGCGCUGCGGCACUGGAGGCGCACUACUGGCGCCGCUGCGUAUUGCUCGCGCGCUGCCCACACUGCCAUCUCGCGUUAGAGGCACGGGCUCUACACGCACAUUUACUAGAUGAGUGUUCGCUGAGCGAGGGGCUCUGGAAGGCGUGUCAGAAGUGUGGAGCGGCGCUGCGUUCGGACGAGAGCGACUAUCACGUCAACUGUAUCCCGCUAAGCUUUGAUGAGUGGAAGUGUCCAUACUGCCUAACAAACGUGCUGGCUCGGGACCUGCCGUGGCAAAGGCAUCUGAUGCAGUGUCCACGAAAUCCACGACUGAGGCAACAAAACUAA